AUGUUCAGAAGACUUCUCCAUACAAGAUCUGGCCAAAGUAUUGCCUUUGCCUUUGAUAUAGAUGGUGUCCUAUUAAGAGGGUCAGAACCAAUUGCUAGAGCUGGUCAGGCGUUACGCAUUCUAAAUGAGAACAAGAUCCCUUAUGUUUUACUAACCAAUGGUGGGGGUUCUUUGGAACAUGAAAGAACCCAGUUUAUUUCAGAAAAAUUGCAAGCACAGAUCUCUCCUUUACAGAUUAUACAGUGCCACACUCCCUUCAAGACUUUAGUCCCCAAAUAUAAACGAAUUUUAGCUGUAGGGACACCUAGUGUAAGGAAUGUGGCGGAGAACUAUGGUUUCAAGGAAGUAGUACACCCAAACGAUAUUGUGAGAUAUAACCCAGACAUUACGCCAUUUUCAGGACUAUCACCAGACCAAUUACAAAAAUUAGCCAAAAAUAUUCCUGAUAUAGACACGGUUCCAUUUGAUGCAGUGUUAGUGUUCAAUGAUCCAAGAAAUUGGGCAGGAGAUUUACAAAUCAUAUCUGAUUUACUGAAUAGUGAACGUGGAAUGCUUAAUACUAUGAGACAACAAAAUAGUUCCAUAUCAUCGGUUCCCAUAUAUUUUACGUGUAAUGAUUUAUUAUGGGCGAAUCCAUAUAAGUUAAAUAGAUUUGGUCAAGGUGCAUUUAGAAAAUUAGUGCAUACAUUGUACAAGUCAUUGAAUCCAGGACAAAAAUUAAGUGAUUUUAUUCUGGGGAAACCCACGAAACUGACAUAUGAUUUUGCACACCAUGUUUUAAUUGACUGGAAUAAUAAAUUACAGAAUAGUGAUAAUAUGGACAAAUUAUACGAUAUUGAUUCUAACAUUCAACAAAUAUUACCUCCUUUAGGGGAGGAAUGUCCGAAUGAAAAAUCCCCAUUUCAGGGCAAUGUGUUUAUGGUUGGUGACAACCCUGCAAGUGAUAUCACUGGAGCACAAAACUAUGGUUGGAAGAGUUGUUUAGUCAAAACAGGUGUAUACCGUGAAGGAGAUAAACUGGGCCAUCUAAAGCCAACAAUGAUCGUGGAAGAUGUUUGUGAAGCAGUGCUAACUGCAUUAGACAAGUAUCAUAGUUAG